AUGGAGCGCGGAGCUGCCGCGGCCCAGGGCACUGCCCCGCCUCAGGAUGGAGAGCAGCCCGCGGAAUCUCCGGAGCCGCCGCCGCCGUGGCCGCCGCCGCAGCCGCCGCUCCUGCCGUCGCCGCCGGCGCGGGCUCCUCGGCUGCUCCGCGCGCCUUCGCCGGAACCGGCACCGCAGUUCUGUCCAGAGCUUGCUCCAGAACCUGGUCCGGCGGCGACCCCAGAACCAGCCUCAGAACUCGACACAGAACCGAUCCUAGAACCAGAUAGAGAACCAGCCCCAGAUCCAGCCCCUGAGCCGAUCCCAGUACCAGCCGUAGAACGGGCCCCCGAGCCGGCCCCAGUACCAGCCAGAGAACCAGCCACAGAGUCCUGCCCUGAGCCGGCUCAAGUGUCCCGUCUGGAGCAGAGCCCAGCACCACAUUUAUUGCAGCGUCCGGUGGUCGCCCCAGAGAAGGGUCUAAGGACCUCGCCAACGCCGCGAACACCAGUGCCAGCGCCACUGUCCAGUAUAAAGGUAAGAAAAGGACCCUCGGGUGGGAGGGCUCGAAGCCAGCCGAGACCGUAUGGCUAUCCUGCUUUCGGGACUCUGGGCACCCUGAGCAUCCCAUUCGGUUGCCACGGACUAGCAAAGAUGCUCGGAAAGAUGCGGGGAUGUGGGAGCCCAGGGCAGAGGGAAGCGAAGAGGAAGACGACCCAGGGAGCGAAAGAGACCCAGAGAGGUGUUAGCGGCCGGUCCACGGUACCCAGGCAUGGGAUUGAGUGGGGGCGCUGGGAUACACCUAUUAGCCGCGGUCACUGCCGCAGAGGCCCAAGCUGUGGAGCCGCAGUCGCCUGCUUGACCCCCUCCCUGCCACUGGGGAGGGGGUCCUCAGCUUGGGCGCAACUGGCAGCGCUCCAGGGAAGGGCCCGGAGUCUCUGUUGCCCGCUGGGCGCUGGUACUCGAUUCGGGUGGGGAUUAGGGGUUGGGCGGCGCCCACGCGCACUGCAGGGGAAGGGCAGGGUUCGCCCGAGAGGACUGGGAGAGCAUGCGUGCGUCGAAGCCACCAUUCCAUCUGUUUGCAGGAUUUCCCGGCAGGUAGGUGCAAACACAGCGUUACAGAGAUGGGCCGCGUCACAAGCGGGCGACUGGCAUCCCGCACUGCUGCCAAUUGGAAUGAAAAUACUGAAGGAAGGACCUCUGCUAAAGAACUGCAGCUCAUUCAAGAGAUGGAAGCUUAGAUAUUUUCUGGUUCGAGGACAAAGGCUCUGCUUUGCACACCAUCCUGCGUUUGCACGCUUUGAAACAAUUGAUUUGUCUCAAGUUGCCUUGGCAGAAAGCAGCUGUAGAAACCUUUGCCACAGUUUUUGCGUGAUCACACCACAACGAAAAGUUACGCUGGCUGCACCCAAUCGGAAAGACAUGGAAGAAUGGAUUAACGUCAUAAAAACCGUGCAACAGGGAGAAAUUCGUAAGAUACCUGCAGCAGAAAACAACCCUUUUCUUACUGGAAUGCACUACUGGUAUUCGAGCCACAGUCCCCGGACCCAGCACUGCAAUGUUUGUCGGGGGAGCAUUCCUGCCUUAUCUCAAAAUGUUAUCAUCUGUGAAGUGUGCAAAGUAAAGUCUCACAGAUUAUGUGCUUUAAGAGCAAACAAAGAUUGCAAAUGGAAUACAUUAUCCAUUACUGAUGACCUCCUCAUGCCUGCAGAUGAAAAAACCAUGCCUCAUCAGUGGGUAGAAGGAAACAUAUCUGCCAGUUCUCAGUGCGCAGUAUGUCAUGAGAACUGUGGCAGUUACCAGAGACUUCAAGAUUUCCGGUGUCUCUGGUGUAAUUCUACGGUGCAUGACGACUGCAGGAGACGGUUUUCCAAGGAAUGCUGGUUUGGAAGUCAUCGAUCAUCAGUCAUUCCUCCCACUGCCCUGAGCGACCCCAAAGGUGAUGGCCAAUUAGUAGUAUCUCCAGACUUUUGGAAUCUUGAUUGGUCUUCAGCCUGUUCAUGCCCCCUUCUCAUCUUCAUCAACUCCAAAAGCGGCGAUCAUCAAGGGAUCGUCUUCCUCCGGAAAUUCAAGCAGUACCUUAACCCAUCUCAAGUGUUUGACCUGUCAAAGGGUGGACCUGAAGCCGGGCUCUGCAUGUUCAAGAACUUUGCUCGCUUUCGUGUGGUGGUUUGUGGUGGAGAUGGCAGCGUUAACUGGGUCUUAUCUCUGAUUGAUGCCUUUGGAUUACAUGAACAGUUGAGGUGCCUGGUAUUGUUCUUGCAGUGUCAGCUGGCAGUCAUCCCUCUUGGAACUGGUAAUGAUCUGGCCCGUGUCCUCGGCUGGGGUGCAUUCUGGAACAAAAACAAGUCACCUCUGAACAUCCUCAACAGAGUAGAGCAAGCUGGUGUGAGGAUUCUAGACAGAUGGAGUGUGAUGAUCCGUGAGACUCCCAGACAAACCCCAUUGCUAAGAGGGCAAGUUGAAAUGGAUGUACCCCGAUUUGAGGCUGCUGCGAUCCAACACUUAGAAUCUGCAACCACUGAGUUAAACAAAAUCCUGAAGGCCAAGUACCCGACAGAGAUGAUUAUCGCAACCAGAUUCCUGUGCUCAGCAGUGGAAGAUUUUGUGGUUGAUAUUGUAAAGGCCUGGAGCCGGAUAAAGCAGAACAAUACAGCAAUAGAGUCUGUCAUUUUGAAAAGCGACUUAAUGUACGACAAGCUCAGUGUUCUGAUUGAUAUCCUUGCUGAGGAUGUAGCAGUUGAGAAGAGUGCCAAAGCACAUAAAGAAAGUGCCAAGGAAGAUGGAAAGCCCUCCAUCCCUCAAAUAGACCACAUAGCCAAGUGCAAGUUGGAGCUGGCUACAAAGGCCCAGAAUCUCCAAAAGUCGUUGAAACUCAUCAUAUUCCAAGUUGAACAAGUUCUUGAUGAGCAAAGCCGACAGACAAUAUCAGUUAAGAACUUCAGUUCAACUUUCUUCCUAGAAGAUGACUCAGAAGAUAUUAACCAGAUGAGCCCAAGACACCGUUCUCGUCUUGGUACUCUGUCUUCUAUAUCUUCUCUCAAAAGUGAAGACCUAGAAAACCUCAAUUUGGAGCACUUAUAUUUUACACCUGAAACUAUACGCUUCAAAGAAAAGUGUGUCAUGAACAACUAUUUUGGAAUUGGACUAGAUGCUAAAAUUUCUCUGGAAUUCAACACCAGAAGAGAUGAACACCCAGGACAAUACAAUAGCCGCUUUAAGAACAAGAUGUGGUAUGGCCUUCUGGGAAGCAAGGAACUCUUUCAGCGCUCUUACAGGAAACUGGAAGAACGAGUGCACCUGGAGUGUGAUGGAGAGGCCAUCUCCUUGCCAAAUCUGCAAGGCAUUGUAGUGCUCAACAUUACCAGCUAUGCCGGAGGCGUCAACUUUUGGGGAAGCAGCACGGCAACCACAGAAUAUGAGGCUCCUGCAAUAGACGAUGGGAAGCUAGAGGUCGUGGCAAUCUUUGGUUCUGUACAGAUGGCCAUGUCUCGUAUCAUCAACCUGCAUCAUCAUCGCAUCGCCCAGUGCCGUGAGGUGAUGAUAACUAUCAAUGGUGAAGAAGGUGUCCCAGUGCAGGUGGAUGGGGAGGCCUGGGUUCAGAGGCCAGGCCUUAUCAAGAUUAGAUACAAGAACACUGCUCAGAUGUUGACCAGAGAUCGGGACUUUGAGAACUCAAUGAAAAUGUGGGAGUGCAAGCAUUCUGAAAUCCAAGCUGCCUCUCAGCCCCAGCUGGAUACCCAGGAAUCUCAAGAUAGCCUCUCUGAUGAGGAGUAUGCCCAGAUGCAGCACUUAACUCGGCUUGCAGAAAACCUCAUCAGCAGACUUACUGACCUGAGCAAGGUCCACCAGCACGUGUCUGUCCUCAUGGAUUCUGUGAAUGCCAGUGCUAACACCCUAAACGAUGUAUUUUACAAACAAGAGAGUAGCAAUGAGACAGCUGCAGCUUCCUGCAUUCCCAUUGAGACUUUAACCAGAAAUGAUGCACUAGAUGUUAUAUUUAGUCUUAAAGGGCUCUACGAUGACACCAAAGCUUUCCUGGAUGAAAACUUGCUGAGAAAUGCUGAAUAUGAGGCCACACUGAAACUUUCCCUGGAUGCCCUGAAUAAGGAGUUUGAAAAGCUAUCCAAGAUUGACUGGAUGAAUUCAAUCCUUUUUUUGGAGGAAAAGUCCUCAGACACUGACAGCAAAAGCUUCAGAUUGAAAGUUAAGUUCCCCAAAUUGGGGAAAAAGAAGCCAGAAGAAGAAUACAAGCCUAAAUCAGGCCAAGGCAUCCAGGGUUUUAUUGGAAAUUUGUGGCAUCACAGACAUCAUGAAGAUGAAGCAAAAUAUGAUGAUCCUCCAACACCAUCAGGAUCUCAACUAUAAUCCUGGAAAGCUGGAAGAAUUCACAACAUUUAGGAUUCUACUGAAAACUCUCAAAACCUCAAUACAGGCUAGACUAAAUUAUUUCAGAACAAACAUGAGCACCACCAAGAAAGAUCCUCCAAUUCUUUACACUAAUAC